CUUGUGUGAGCGUGUCAAUUGUCACGUCAUUUCGGGAAUCUCUGCACGUGCGACGUGGUGCACGUGUUGGUAAAUCAAGCUUUUUAAGUUAAAAAAAAAACCAUUUCACGAUGUCUGAUAGAGAAGAUGGCCCUGAAGAGUCUUCUAAUGAAAAGAGUCUGAAAAUGAAAACAAAAUCGAAGAAAAACCCGUCACAUGGCAAGAUUUGGGCCUUGUAGAUGCAUUAUGCAAAGCUUGUGAACAACUGAAAUGGAAGAACCGUCGAAGAUUCAGCGAGAAGCCAUACCCGUGGCGUUACAAGGCAAAGAUAUAAUUGGACUUGCAGAAACUGGAUCUGGGAAAACUGCAGCUUUCGCCUUGCCAAUAUUACAAGCACUUUUAGAGAAUCCCCAGAGGUAUUUUGCGCUUAUUUUGACACCUACGAGAGAGCUAGCUUUUCAGAUUUCAGAGCAGUUUGAAGCGUUAGGUUCGAGUAUCGGCGUAAAAUGUGCUGUAAUAGUAGGAGGCAUGGACAUGAUGUCUCAGGCUUUGAUCUUGGCCAAGAAACCACACAUUUUGAUCGCGACCCCCGGAAGGCUGUUAGACCAUCUGGAAAACACCAAAGGAUUCACUUUGAGAGCCUUGAAAUAUUUAGUAAUGGAUGAGGCAGACAGAAUCCUCAAUAUGGAUUUUGAGGUGGAAGUAGAUAAAAUAUUGAAGGUCAUACCAAGAGACAGGAGGACCUUUCUAUUCUCGGCUACAAUGACGAAAAAGGUUAAAAAGCUUCAAAGGGCUUGUUUGCAAGAACCUGUCAAGGUAGAGGUUUCCACAAAGUACCAAACUGUGGAAAAGUUACAACAGUAUUAUGUAUUUAUUCCAGUAAAGUUUAAAGUAAGUAAUUUGGAUGUGUACCUUGUUCAUAUAUUAAAUGAGCUGGCAGGUAACAGUUUCAUGAUUUUCUGUUCAACUUGUAACAAUACAAUAAGAACAGCAUUGAUGCUAAGGAAUCUUGGACUGACCGCAGUGCCUCUUCAUGGCCAAAUGUCUCAAAAUAAAAGGCUAGCUGCACUGACAAAGUUCAAGGCUAAGAGCAGGUCAAUUUUGAUUUCUACUGAUGUUGCCAGCAGGGGUCUGGAUAUACCACAUGUAGACGUAGUCAUAAACUUUGAUAUUCCUACACACAGCAAGGAUUACAUUCAUAGGGUGGGUAGAACUGCUAGGGCUGGCAGAUCUGGACAGGCUAUCACCUUUGUGACACAGUAUGAUGUGGAGUUAUAUCAAAGGAUAGAACAGCUGAUUGGAAAACAACUACCUUUAUACAAGACAGAAGAUGAUGAAGUUAUGGUGUUGCAAGAAAGAAUUGCUGAGGCUCAGAGAAUUGCUAAAAUGGAAAUGAAAGAUAUCACAGACAAGAAGGGCAAAAGGAAAAAGGGUGCGGGUGGUGAUGAAGGUGAUGAUAUGGAAGAUGCAGUGGGUGUUAGGAAAAGGUUGAAAGGAAAGGCUGGUGGUGGCAAGAAAAAGAAACACAAAUAGUGGGGUUCUUCCAUGUUUUAUAUAUUUAUAUUUUUGUUCAAUAAACAAUAAGUUAAAGUAUA